GAAGUCGGGAGGAAGUCACCAUGCAGGAUUUCACUUGUGUGUGUUUAAUUUGACCCAGCAGGAGAAUUUAGCGUACUUAGCUGAGUCAGGUGUCGAUUCGCGGUUUCGGCUGAUCUGCAUUUUGCCCUCAAUUCAGGCUUGGUAGAGUUAAAGAGGCUAGCGGCACCGCCAGCAACAGCAGCUGUUACAGACUCGCAUCACAGCCAGAAACCGAAGAGGGGACACUCAGGAUUGGGGGCGGUGAGUGUCCUCAACGUUGUUAGCAAGCACCAGAGCUAGCUAAAUGCAGCUUGGACCAACAGAAUCCUUUUGCUGGUGAAGCUGCAACGAGGCCUGGCUAAUUCCUCAGACCAGGUAGUGUUCAGAAGUUAAAGCCAAGUUAGCCUUCACAGAAAUGAGACACUGAAACACAUACCCGACACCUAAAACCAUUACCUGACCCGUGUGACCGCACUUGAUGAUUAUACGGGCUCAGAUGGAGGAAAUCAGCUGAUGUUUAACCUGUUAUGGCUUCUGUCAAACACUCCCCUUUCUGAAGGACACAACCAUGAGUUCUCGCAAGGUGGAGGAGCUACCAAGUGACAGCAAGGAUUCACCUCCUGCUGCCAGUCAGCCUUCGCGAACUGAGCCUGACGGUGUCACAGAAGAGCUCCCGUCAGAUCCAAUCCACGAAACUGCAAAGUCUCAAAAAGCGGGAAAAUUCAAGAGGACUGCCUUGACAUUUUUCAGUGUUCGUAAAAGUAUAUGUAUUCUACCGAGUUUCUUUGGAGGGAGGAACAAAAAUCAGAACAAGUGGUCCUCUAAGAAAGGAAUCGGCAAAAGCAGAACACACGAUGGGCUUUGUAAGGUCAGCGAUGACAACGCUCUCAGGAGUGGGUAUGUCUCUUCUGGAGACUUUGAGUACCACAGCCACAGGGAUGCAGCUGGAGAUCUCCACAGUGGCUGUCAAGGGGAAUGUAAUCACCCAACCCCUGACCAGAAGUCACUGACCCUUGGUCGACAGAGAAAAAGCUUAAGGAGUCUUUUUCAGAGUUUUAGGCAUCACAGAAGCCAGAGAAAUAAUGAUACAAGUGAAGCUAAUGCUGUGUCUUCUCCUCAAUGCCAGAAAGAGGUGCCUGUUGUCCAACGCAACACAAACCGCAGUGCCACAGAGUUCCUAGAAUGUGAUCACGACGUGCCUGAGUUUGUAGAGGAUCUGUGUGACAUUUCCAUCGGUCUUGAAUGUAGUCGUGCGGAUGCAAAAGCAAAGGAGAGCAGCAUGGAGAAAGAAUGCCCAAAGUCUGAGCCUCAACUGUCUGAUGACAAACACAAGGACGCUAACUUAAAGGCAGGACCCUCUGGUGGUUACGACAACAGUUGCAGACGUUCCAGCGAACCUUGUCUGAAACUUCAGAUGGCGUCCGAAACCCCUGUCGGUUCGUCGGAUCAGCUGAACCAAAUUUUUGGAGAGGUUUCAUCGCUAAAGAGCUUUGAUUCCCUCACAGGUUGUGGGGACAUCAUCGCAGAUCAAGAGGAUGACAGCAUCACGGAGAGCACAGUGUCUGGAGAGAGAAGCAGAAAUGGAGGGAAGAGGGCCUCUUGUUAUCUCACCUACCAGGGUGGUGGCGAAGAGAUGGCCUCGCCAGAAGAUCUUGACGGAACGUGUCUUCAGGAUUUCUGGGGAAGCAACACAUCAGAGGUUGUCUACUACAGCUGUGAUCUGGACCAGACAGAGAUGACUGCUGAGUUGACAAGUUUGCACAAUGCAGAUGCACUGAACAGCAGCAGCAGCACGCAGCAGGCUGGAGCGAUGGACACCUCAUCCAUAGCUGAUGUUCUAACCCCUCAAAGUGAGCAUCAGGAGUCAGGUCCUAAUAGUGAUGAGGGAUAUUAUGAUUCCACCACGCCAGGGCCGGACGAAGGGCAAGAAAAAAGGUCCGGCAGAUUACCCAGGGAUAGUUACAGUGGGGAUGCCCUUUAUGAACUUUUUGCACCCGAUGAGAGUCUCAUCAGCCCUCAUUAUGAAAACAAAUCCCAACUUCCCAAUUCAAAACACGGUGACUACUUAACGGAGUCAGUCAACUCAACAGAUCCUGCCUUUGUCCCAAAAAUGAGUCACUUACAGAGAAGUGCUGAUCUGUACAAAGAUGAUUUUCUUGAGAUGCCAAACUCAUUCAGUAAAAAUCAGGAUAUCAGAGCAAACGAAAUCUGUAAUUUGAAUUUAAAACCGCAAACAUUAGUCAACACCAACAAUCUCAAAGCCAAGAUUUUUGAUGAAAAAGAGAGUAUGCUUGCUUCUGCCGACACAAGAACAAAACCCAUAAAUGCAGAAGGUGAGAAAAGAUGCAGUGGUUUAUCGUUUGGAAGCUCGUCGGACCCAGACUUUGAGACCUUCUGUGAACCCAAAGAAGAGCAUAUUGAAGAAAACAAGCCUGUAGCGUUACCAUACAAAAAUAUCAAUUCUCAGUCUGAAGAAUGCAACAGCUACAUAGAGGAUGGGCAGACUGUGUGUUUCUCACAAGCACUUGUGGAUUACACAAAACACACUCAGUUGCUCUGCAAGCUGGGAGGUGAGGUGGACGACUUGGAAAGGAGCUCCGCCUUCACUCCAAACAUGGAGGCCUUACCAACAAUUGUCACAUUUGAUGUUGUAGACCUUCGCAACGAGGGGGAAUACGACGAGCAGAUCCACAUGGAGCUGGAGGAGGACGUUUCAUCGCCUUAUCAGGAGUUUGAAGAAAGCUACCUACAAAAAGACGCAUUUGCUGAAUGCGACUAUCAGAUGUUGGACCUGUAUGAACAGAAUCUGAUCAGCAACACAUGGGCUGUUGCUAGUCUACCGCGGCAUUUGGGUCUAACGAGCCAGUCCACAUCGAACCCACUGUCCCUGGACAGGAGGAGCAGGUCUCUGGAUACGGAUAGCCUUGAGUUGCCUGAAACGUAUAGAGAGAACAGACCUGCUGUGUUCUCAGAGCAGGACUCUGAGAGAAACUGUUCACCAUAUUAUAGAAAGAAAAUAGUCCUGUCUGCCUCAGAGGUCAGAGACUGUAACAAUGUUACAAGCCUUUCAUGGCAGAAGAAAUCAGAAAUAACUGUGGCAGAUGAAAUUGCUGAAAAUGUCCAGAGUCUCAGUCAAGCCAACAAGCAACCGCAGUAUUUUUGCUCUGUGUCAGACGGCCUAAGUUGCGAUUUAGUUUCACAGAAUCCAGAACUCUACAGUAGGCAGUGUCAUCUUCCUUUGCGAUCAGACUGCUGUCUCUCUCAUAGCACCUUUGGGAUGAAAGAGGAGGAAUCUGAUGAUGUUUUCUGCCAGAGUCCUGCUAAUUUACACUCUCACAGUCAGGGCAGUAAAGGCAGAGCCCUAACAGGUAGGGAGGUUCCAUCCAAUGCUAGAAGUCCCCUCAGCUCUCCCUCAGUUAAGGAAAAACCUGUUAUCUUUAGUGAAGCAAAGGGGGAUGGGGCGACCCCUGUGACCUGCAAUAAUCACUCUGAGGCCACCUGUAAUUGAGUGUGAAUCACAUAUAAAUGUGCCAUAGAGUGUUUUAACAGGGUGCUGGUCAUUUCAGCCCUUCGCCAAAUCAUAUCUUUGCGGUUUUGGAGGUCUGGAACUUAUUUAGAUACAAAAUUGAGCUGUUUGCUCUGGAAUGUUUUGGACAAACAGUCAUACCAAUCAGGGGAGACCUUGUCUCUACUAUCAAUAGUAAUGUAAAGUCAGUUUCUGUGGUUCAUAUGACUCCAAAAAAUAAUACGUACCAGCAGGGUUAAUUUGGUUUAAUUGGGGGCGUAGGGGACAGCGCGGCCCACGAUUGGAGGCCUUGAGUCCUCGAUGCAGCCGUCGCGGGUUCGAUUCCCAGACCCGACCGACAUUUGCCGCGUGUCUUCCUCCCUCUCCUUCCCCCUUUCCUGUCAGCCUACUGUCAUAUAAGGGACACUAGAGCCCACAAAAAGACCCCCCCCUGGUGGGGGGGGGGGGGGGAAUAAAAAAUUUGGUUUAAUUGGAGAAUUCUAAUAAGUCAAGUAGUAGUUCCUUAUUAAGUCUGUUUUGUGUUGUUUUCCUUUAUUUUCUUUACUUUUUCCUAUUUUUCAUGACUUCCAUAUUUUAUAGCCGUUAUUGUUGUAAAAUGUACAAACAGUCUAAAACAAAAGUAACCCAAAGCAAAUUUUUAAAUUCAAUUUAACAAAACAAUGUGAUUAGUAGGCUCUUUUUUUAAAAAAACAACAAAUAUUUCUGUUUAAGGCAAGUGUUCCUGCUUAUUAAUCGAGUACAGAAAUGUCCCUUAUUUCUAUACUUUUCUUAUGUGCCCUAGUUUAAUACUGGGUAAGUGUUACAAAAUUACUCUUGCAAUUAUAUUUUGAGUUUCUGCAAGAAAAACACCUUAUUUAGAGAGCUGUCAUAAUGUUCUAACCACACUUUCCCUGAACACUUUAUCACUUAUCUUUUUUGGCAGUCUGCUCAAAUAUUUCUGUAGCGUUUUCUGUAAAACCUGCAUCCUGUUUCUGCUGACUAUCUUUGCAUAUGGACAUGGUUCACUCAUAAUUUGUUUACUGGUCAAAACAGAGAUCAGAACCAAAGGUAAUAGAAAUAAAGUAUGAUAGAAAGUAAAAAGCAAAAUAGGACAAUAAGGCUAUGGGACAAACUGGCAGCUUAUUGAUAUGAUGUGGCGAAGGGGCAAACUGACUCAGACUGGCUUGUAUGUUUAUCCAAAGUAGCAUUUGUAUCUCAUUUUUACUUGUACAGCUGAUUGUUUUGAACAGUUUGACUCACUGUGAUGGACAGGAGGUGAAAUAAAUUUUUAAAGCAAUCCAGACAUGUGCAAUAAGAAAGAUAACGACCUGCUGCAUUAAAUAAAAUGCUCUGAAGUCCAAGUACAUAAAAAAAAUCAUUGCUCCUUGUAUGUUUGCACACGACUUUCUUAGAUGCUGGCUGAAAGGUUUUGAGGAGGUGGUUGUGUAAUUUUCAGUGAAAACGUCAACACUGUCAUUUCAUUAAGCUACUGAAUUUAACUGGAAUGUUGUAGACAUUCAGGUCUCAACACUAAAUCUCACACUCUGUUCUGUAUUAUUGCUACUCGUUGGCCUGGGUUUUAUUGUGGUGCAGCUUCGUUUUUUCCACUGCUGCCUUUCAGCAAUGAAUGCUUUUGCUUUAAAUGCCUGAUCAUGUUCAUGUUUACAGUCACUCUUUGCAGUAGUGAGGUCUGUUUUGAGCUCUAUAGAUUUAUCCUCAGAUCAGAUUAGUUAUAGGAAAAAAAAACCCCAGCAAUGGAUCAGUUCAGAAAGAGAAAUAUCAAAUGCCUUGAAUUUAUUUUUCUUAAACAGAGACACAUUUUGUCAGAUUUAAAAUACAUUGAGUCAAACUUAAAAAAAGAAAAGAAAAGUGCCUGUUGGCUAAUUUAUCUCCCAUAAAUAAGUGUAGGGAAUAUACAGAUGGUGCUAGUAAACGAUGGUGAUAGGGUUUUAACUUUAGCUGUCACAUUUCAUUUACAUCUAGUAAGCUUUGCAAGGCAAAACAACUGUAUUUGUUUAGCUCAUUUCUCAUGCAAAUGGAGAAAAGGCUAAAUAUUGUUCCUCUAAGAGAUACUAAAGAGCCUCCCCAGAAGCGGUUAAAUAAAAAUAAAGUUGAAAACAUGUUUACUGUGCUUGCUACAGGCCUGAAAAUGGGAUAAACCAUCAUUUUAUUCUUUUUUUCUUCCUGCUACCUUUUGUUUGGAUAAACUUCAUGAUGCUAGCUAAAAUCGUACACUCAGUCGUUGAAUUCAAGAGUACUGAAUUAAGUAGUGUUUUGUUUUAAUCUGAAAUCAUAUUUUUAAAGAAAGCUGGUUUCACCUUGUAUCAUUUUCUUGUGAAACAAUGUUUUUAACAGCAUUUUCAGAAACUGUAUUUGUAUUUAUAUUUUCAACUAUUUGUAGUUUGUAAUGUGGACAGAAUUGCUGUUACAAAUUGUCAAUACUGUAUUUUGAGUUAUCCAACUCUUUUUUUUAUUAUUAUUUUUAUCGAGUUGCAUUAUCUGUCUGAAAAUCUGUUACAGUUUGUCUGAAUAGAAUACUGCCUUAUAUAAGAAUAAACACAACAGUUUAGCUCUAUUUUUGUUUUUUCUUCUUUUUUUCAGCUCACCAACAAUCAGUUCACCAAGUCUGUGGUUGAAAGCGUCCCUUGACUGAGAACCAUUUCAACCACACACAUUCACACUGCCAGUUAAGAGAAGUUCAUAGUCUCAUGUUCAAACACCUAAGGGUUUGUGCAAAUAGAAAGCUACCUGAACUGCAAAUGGGGCUUUCUUUUAGGCAUAGCUCUGAAUGAGAUGCCCACAAGAUUA